CACAUCCCUUUCUCCUUUUCUUGCUUGUUUUGGGAUAUUCAGGUUUAGCAGGAGUGGGGGUUCGGAGGACUCCCACACCAUGGAUCACUCUUUAUAUGGUUGUCUACGCAGCCCUCACACCCCAGCCCAGAGCCUGCACCCCGCCAUCACCCACUCUCCACUGGGCCGGAGCUUCAACGUCUCCUACCUGGAUGUACCGAGCUCGUCCCCCCCCUGCAGUUACUCUGAAGGAGAGGACACUGGCCACCUGUCUCAGCAGCAGCAACCUCAGCCCCCGCCCGACUGGUUGCUCCCUCAGACCACGCUCUCACAUAACUCACGGCACAGUGUCUGCCUGCCAGAACUCGAGGCCACUGCCCCAGAACUGUGCUUGGGGGGGCCUAACCUGUGCAGAACCAACCCCAGUUUGGGCAGUGUUGACCCUAUCGGAGGGUCCUUGGUGUCUGGGGAAUACGGCCGGGAGAAUCUGUCUUCAAGGGACAGAAGGAGCCACAAAGGCAGGAAUAAUGGCUCAGAGUCCCAAGACGGGAGCUAUAAGUCAGACAUGAGCAGCAAGCCCAGGAAGGAGCGCACAGCAUUCACCAAGGAACAGAUCCGGGAACUGGAGUCCGAGUUCGCACACCACAACUAUUUGACCAGACUGAGACGCUACGAAAUAUCUGUCAACCUCGACCUCACGGAACGACAAGUGAAGGUCUGGUUCCAGAACAGGAGAAUGAAGUGGAAGCGUGUGAAGGGAGGCCAGCAGGGGGCAGCAUUACGAGAAAAAGACUUGGUGAAUGGGAAGAAAGGGACGCCACUGUCUUCUGAGCUUUCAGAGACAGAAGGACAGAAGUGUUCACCAAGGGAAGCUGAGGAGGACAGCCAGGAGAGCAACCAGAGCUCAGACAACCUUCCGCUAUGACCUUUGAUGGUGGUACUGGUCUGGACAGAACUUGAGGAAAUAGUGGGGGGACACAUGUAUACAGCAUGUCUCUCAAAAGACAAGGAAAUCAGACUCAAAGAACAUUCCAGAGAGGCUUCAAACAGAUAAAAGGUUUGUAUUUUGUCUGAGAAUGUGUUUCAUUCAAAUUGUACUGUACUUCUUGUCACAGUCAAUGCAAACAUCUUUACAUGUACAGUUAACUGAGUUAAGUAAGCAUUCUUGCCAAUUCUUUUUUAAUUUAAUAAUUUAUCAAAAUGUGUACCCAAAAUAAACUGAACCUUAAACUGUUUUCUACAUUCUAAAAUAAACAGGUUUAUCCUCUGCCUCUUGA